AAGGAAAGUGAAAUAACAGCGUUUGUGUGGCUUGUUUAGAAAACCAGUUGAGGAGAUCAGAGUCAUCGUGGGAUUGCUGUUCGGGCCAGGUCAGGUCAGGAGAAGAAGGUGCAAUAUGAGUUUCGCCAAUUUUUCCAGUAUGGAAGAAAUCCCUUUGGAGGACGAGGACAGAACCAGCAUAGAGUACAGGGUGCUGAUGGCUUACGCCCAGCGCCGGCUCUCUGCUAGCAAAUACAGCCAACUUCUAGAAGGGGGAGCCAAGGGCCAGGAGGGACCAGGGGCCACCCCAGCAGAGCAAGGAAAGGCAGCCCAAGAGAAGCCUCCUGAGGACCUCAAACCUACGGCUAAAAGGAAGAGCCAAAAGAAGAAGAAGAAGAGGGAACGAUCCAGCUGGAAGCGCCUUUUGGUGCCAUCCUGUCUACGGGGGCAAACGAGAGGGAGCUCUAGGAAGAGUGAAGUGAACGGGAAGCUGCCAGAGUAUCAGGGAGGCGCUAGAAUAAAACCCACCUCUUUUUCAACAGAAGCACAAGAGGAUUCGGACAUUGCUCGUGUGGCGGACAAGCUUGCUGAACUAGUCGAUAAUUCCAGGUCUCGCUCCAAAACAGAAGGUAGAGGAUUAGUCCGUACGCUGAGCCUCGAGGAAGAUGGCGGAGGGGCCUCCAAAAUUGUGCUUGAAGGGCCCUCCAGAGUUGUGCCUCAAGGUCCUUCUGAGGAUGAUGGAAAAGACAAUGAAGAAAAGAUCAUUGACACAAUAAUUGCCUUGUUAAGAAAAACAGGAGAUGACCUAGAGAAAAAGAUGCAAAAAGACGAGCGCUUCCGUUUGAGCUUCUGGGAUUUGAUGUCCUACUCCUUCUUCAGAAGAAUCACAGAUCAGUUCUUAGAGGUAGUUCCUGUGGACCCUAUGGGAGACUCCGAGACCCACGUGCAGAGCACGAAAGUGGCUUACGUGAUGGAGGUCACAACCAGACUCACUGCAGUAGACAACCAUCCCAUGAAUCUCGUGUUGGGCUUUGGGACAAAGUACCUCAAGGAAAACUUCAGGCCUUGGGUCUGCAGCCAAGGUGGAUGGGAAAAAGCCUUGGGAUUAUUGGACCAGGAAGAAGUGGAAUAACGAAAGACUGUGCAUUUCAGGAGAUGGUUUCUUAAUCUGUAACAGCCCGU